AUAAAAAUAAAAAAAACUAAAACAGGAAAAAUAAAAUUAAAAAAAGAGACGAUUCAAAAUGGCGUGAGAGUGAGAAGAUCGCCAUAGUCCCAGACUCUAGAGUCCACCGAUCUGGUGGAGUAGGUCGCACAGUCACUGCGGUGGAUCAUCAUCUCCGCCUCCAUUGACGAGGCUUCUUGAUCUGCUACGCCUACUCUUCUCCAUUGAUGAUUACUCUUUGUACUCUCAAGUAGCACCUCAGUUGAAGGAUUCAUUAAAUUUAUUGUUGUAUUAGCUCCAUAAAGCACCAUGUUAAGAGGGGGCAUGUAAGUGUUUUUUCGCAUAUUCAGGCAUCAAACCUCCAGGAUGAUAUUUUACUGUUCUAGUAAUUGUUAGAUUUUUGCAUAAGAUGGUUUUCAGUAGAAUUGCAGAAAUUAUUUCUGCCUCAGCUAGUCGCUUUUCAGCUCCUCAGUCUUCUACAAUCCCAUAUGUGUCAUCUGGGUUAUCCCCUCAGGCAGGUUCUGGUCAUGGUUUUGGUUUUCCCAGCACUGGACAGAAGAGUAAUUUGCGACUCUCCUCAUCCCUCCAAGAUUUCUCAGCAUAUCGUCGACUGAAUCUAGAAGAAGGUGAUCUCAGCCUUGAGGCUGAUAGGAGUCUAAUCCUGGCAAAACAACCUCAUCCCUUACAAGGAGAAAAUGGUGGGUUAAGUUUUUCUAAGGAAAAGGGACUGCCAGCAAACCCAUUUGUUCGGAAGAAGUGGGUGCGAGCCCUCAUGGUUCUCCUGUGUCUACUGUUAUUUGCUUCUCUUAUAUAUAUUGUUUCAAUAUACUUUUAUUCUAACUGGUCUCAAGAGGCAUCCAAAUUCUAUGUUGUACUUGAUUCUGGGAGUACUGGAACUCGAGCUUAUGUAUAUAAAGCAAACAUUGCUCACAAGAAAGAUGGAAGUUUCCCCAUUGUAUUGAGAUCAUUUGUGGAAGGUCCUAAAAAAAAACCAAGUUCACAGAGUGGGCGUGCUUAUGAUCGAAUGGAGACGGAACCUGGACUUGAUAAGUUGGUGAAUAAUGUAUCUGGCUUGAAAGCUGCAAUAAAACCUCUUCUUCGAUGGGCAGAGAAACAAAUCCCCAAGCAUUCACAUAAGUCUACUUCUCUCUUCCUUUAUGCCACAGCUGGUGUACGCAGGCUGCCGAAAUCUGAUUCAGACUGGCUUCUUAACAAUGCACGAUCCAUAAUGAAGGAUUCGCCUUUCUUGUGCCAUGAAGAAUGGGUUAAGAUCAUCACUGGCAUGGAGGAAGCUUAUUUUGGAUGGAUAGCUCUUAACUAUCACACUCGUACAUUAGGGUCCUCACUGAAACAAGCAACAUUUGGUGCACUUGACCUGGGCGGCUCAUCAUUACAGGUUACUUUUGAGAGUAGGAAUCAUGUGCAUAAUGAAACUAACCUAAGUGUGAAAAUUGGAGCUGUUAACCAUCAUCUAAAUGCCUAUUCUCUAUCUGGAUAUGGUUUGAAUGAUGCCUUUGACAAGUCUGUGGUUCAUCUUCUCAAGAAGCUUCCUGAAAGUGCUAAUGCAGAUCUACUUAAUGGGAAAAUAGAACUCAAGCAUCCUUGCUUGCACUCUGGUUACAAAAAGCAAUAUGUCUGUUCUCAUUGUGCUUCUCGCUUCCAAGAAGGUGGGAGCCCUCUUGUUGGAGGAAAAACCUUGGGCAAAGGAGGAAAACCAGGAAUUGCCAUCCGGCUUAUAGGUGUACCAAAAUGGGAUGAAUGCAAUGCCCUUGCAAAAAUUGCUGUAAAUUUGUCAGAAUGGUCGGCUCUAAGUCCAGGGCUUGAUUGUGAAGUACAACCUUGUGCUCUUUCUGAUAACUCACCUCGUCCUUAUGGCAAGUUCUAUGCAAUGUCUGGCUUUUUUGUAGUGUAUCGGUUUUUCAACUUGACUUCAGAUGCCACGCUUGAUGAUGUAUUGGAGAAAGGUCAAGAAUUCUGUGCAAAAACCUGGGAAGUUGCAAAGAAUAGUGUUGCUCCACAGCCCUUCAUAGAACAAUACUGCUUUAGGGCACCGUAUAUUGCUUUAUUAUUGAGAGAGGGUUUGCAUAUUACGGAUAACCAAGUAACUAUUGGUCCUGGGAGUAUUACCUGGACACUUGGGGUUGCCCUGUUGGAAGCUGGGAAUUCUUUUUCAGCUAGGAUUGGGCUUCCUAGAUAUGAAAUACUCCAAAUGAAGAUAAAUCCAGUUAUUCUCUUUGUAGUUUUGGCUGUUUCAUUGUUUUUUGUGUUUUGUGCAUUAUCAUGUGUUGGCAAUUGGAUGCCAAGAUUUUUCCGUAGGCCACAUCUCCCGCUCUUUAGGCAGAACAGUGCAUCUACUACAUCAGUUCUAAAUAUAUCAUCUCCUUUCCGGUUCCAGGGUUGGAGUCCUAUCAGUUCAGGUGAUGGAAGGGUGAAGAUGCCUCUGAGUCCAACAAUAGCGGGUGGCCAACACAGACCAUUUGGCACAGGACAUGGUUUCAGUGGCAGCAGCAUCCAGCUUAUGGAGUCUUCCUUAUACCCGUCAACUAGCAGUGUCUCACACAGUUAUUCCUCGGGCAGCUUGGGGCAGAUGCAAUUUGACAAUAGCACCAUGGGCUCCUUCUGGUCCCCUCACCGAAGUCAGAUGCAUCUACAGAGCAGGAGAUCACAAUCACGAGAAGAUCUUAAUUCUUCAUUAGCUGAGUCACACCUGGUGAAAGUUUAGAGGAUGCUUCUCAAGAAAUUUUGGCACUCGACUUCUUUAAGAAUUAUGGCUUUCUCCAUGAACCUUUCCCAUAAUCAUAAAGCCUGAACUGCUCUUAUUCACUCGGAAUACAUCCAUUUUCUUGUGUACGAGAUUGAAGCAAACACAAGGCAUGUAGAAAGGAGGCCAAAAACCCUUCCCAUCUUCAGUUCUCAUCAGCAUUGUUUCUUCUGGUGCCUCAACUUUGGACUCAUAACAUUUGACUACCAUUAUGUGGUAUAGACAUAUAGCUGCAGCCAGUAUCCCAUUAUUCAUUAGUUGACUCUCUUCCCAAGCCACCCUCCUUUACGUCAGUAUGUAAUCAACCAUAGUAAGCUUUCUUUCAACAUUGAUAUCAUCCUUGAGACUAUAAAUCUUUGAACUGUCUAACCAUCAAACAAUAUCUCACUUGCUGUCCUUUAAAAGCCUUAAUAUAAAUAAUCGUUCUUCAGGGUCUCA